AUGCCACCACCUCCCAGCCAAAGGGCUGAUAUUGAGCCCCCCGAGGAGAUCACCACUGAAGCUGCCAAGGGCUUCAUGACGGGCGUGUUUCGCUUCGGCUCAGUCUCCAUCCUCGCCCAUAUGAUCAUGAUUCUACCCCAUCCGUUCACCUUCACCUCGCCCACCACGCCAGCCACCACCGCGGGUGGCCCGUCUCGACCACGUCCAUCCAUGUUCUCCCGCGAGUCGAUCCGCUCGCGCCUCUUCUAUCGACCACUUGAGGGGUUCUCUGAAUGGGUGUCUCCGGCGUCCCGCGUGUAUCGCGGGUUAACACCCCAAUUCAAAGUAUUCCUGCAGAUCGCGGCCAUGACGCUGGGAGGCUGCAUUUGGGCCGAACGUCGGGUGAACGAGUAUAUUGAGCUGAUGAGACGGAUCAAGCGCGCGGAGCGUCUUCAAGCUCAGCGGGAACAAGGAGGACGUCCUUGA